AUGGCGGGCGCGGGGCCGCGGCGGCUGCCUCUGCCGCUCCUCCUCCUCCUCGUCUUCCCCAUCCCGCCCGCCGGCGCGGCCCUGCGGCUGCUGCUGGGCGCCGCGCCGCCCUUCAGCUGCUCCCAGCCGGAUUUAAACUGCCUCGUAAGAAACAGUACCUGCAUAGAGGCGAGCUGGCUGCAGGUUCCCAUGUGGACUCCUUCUGCUCCAAGCAGUCUUCAUGUCUCUUCUGACGUUUUCUAUCAGAUGGAUGGAAAAAUGCUCCCUGUGCUUCGGAUAGAAUGGAAAGUGGCCACUGAUGCUAGCAUCCGGUAUCUCCGAGGGGCAGAGCUGGCUGUGAUGCAAGUGAACAGCAAUCAACAGAUCUGUGCCCAGUUUGACUUUCAGAACAACUUGCCACUUCAGGUCCGUCCGGAUGGAGGCCGGUGGAAUUUCACUUUUGACCGUUUUGAGGUGGAACCUGGUCAGACUUACCAAGUGACUGUCUACCACCUGCCCAAACUGAGUGUAGAUGGAGACUACAAUUGCAAGUCCACGUCUUUCACAAUGCCUGACUGCAAGGACUCUCUGAUGAAAAGAACCAUCCCAUGUAUACAGACAGGCAGCUUGUGGGAGCCCAGGAUCCAAGGUAAAAGUCUAGAUGAUACAACUCUGCUUGUGAGCUUUAACCCAUGGAUGGAGUCAGCCCGAUACCAAAUUCAUGUGGCCAGUUUCCUGAAUGAGAAGAAGUGUAAAAUGAUCACACGUGAUUUGACUGAGGGUGGACUACAACAGCAAGUGAAUGUCACAAUCAAAAUAGAGAAGAACAUAAGAGCUUGCUGCAACUACAAAAUACAGAUUCAGCCAUUCUUUGCGAACUGUGGCACAGACUGUCUGAGACACUCUGCUUUCAUCCCAUGCUCACCAAGUCCAAGUACGGACCCAUCAGGUGAUAUGAUUAUAUGGCUCUACUGGUGUAUCACUGGGAUCUGUGUGUUACUGGUGGGAUCAGUCAUAGCAGGUGUGAUAUGUAUGACCAAAAAACGAGCAGGACACCAACGAGGGAAAUGCAACCACAAUGAUUUGCAAACUGCACCAUACACCGACCUUCCUCUGCCACCCUUGAAGCCCCGAAAGGUUUGGAUUGUGUACUCUGCUGAUCACCUGCUCUACGUGGAUGUGGUGCUGAAGUUUGCCGAGUUUUUGAUGACGGUCUGUGGCACUGCUGUAGCCUUAGAUCUGCUAGAAGAUCAUCAGAUCUCAGAGUUAGGGCCGUUACCCUGGCUUACUCGACAGAAGAAGGAAAUGGAAGACCUAUCUUCAAAGAUCAUUAUCUUAUGUUCACGGGGCACCCAGGCUAAAUGGCAGGCCAUGCUUGGGAGUGAGCCUGUGUGCCUCAAGCAAGAUCAACAAAAGCCAAUGGGAGACCUGUUCACCCCAGCCUUGAAUUUGAUCCUGCCAGAUUUCAAGAAGCCAGCCUGUUUUGGAAUGUAUAUAGUCUGCUAUUUUGAGGGGAUAAGUAGUGAGAAAGAUAUACCUGAUCUGUUCAAUGUCACAUCCAGGUACCAACUGAUGGACAAGUUUGAGGAUAUUUAUUUUCGGAUUCAGGACUUGGAGAAGUUUGAACCUGGGCGUAUCCAUCGAAUCCGGGAAAUCACAGCUGAAAAUUACAUUGAUACCCCUAGUGGGAGAAAGUUGAAAGAGGCAGUGCAAAAGUUCAAGAACUGGCAGACAGAGCACCCAGACUGGUUUGAGAGUGAAACCAUCUGCUUGGAUAAUGAUGAAGAGUUGCAGUCCCUAAACAGAGAGAGCCAGGUGGAUUCAUUGCUAAGUGAACCAGGUGGAAUUGUGAAACACCAGCUGCACCUACGGGAGCCUGACCCUAGCUGCUGUUAUGUCAUCAACCUCCACAUGCAUGAAGGUGAAAGUAGAGGCUGUAAACUGCAGCCUCAAUGUAAUCCGUGUGGGGAUCCAACUUCUCAGACUAUGGUCCUUCCUAUGGAUGAGGCUCCUCUAGUUCAGAUAGUGGAGCCAGUCUCUUCCGUGGAAGAUAGAAAUAUACUUAGUCAUCAUGUGCUGAGUAAUGAGGACUGUAUGGAAGGAGUUCCUCUUCUGGAGACAAGCUUUCCAAUGAGGAAUAACAUCAUCCUCCACAAUGACUCUGAAGUUUCAGCAAUAGAUGACCAGAGUCCUGCAAACCUCUCAGGUGACCUGAGACACCAUCUGAACGGACUCAUGUACUCUCUUUAUCAGCAGAGUGUCAUUCCUUCAGAGCCAUCUCUCUGCCAAGAGGAGGCUGACAAGCAACACCAGUUGGUCUUUGAUGACCAAUGCAAAGACCAAAGACAGUCAGUGCAGUCAGACCAGGGCUACAUCUCUAGAUGUUCUCCUCUGCCUCCUGAUGACCUUGUGGAGGAGGAGGAGGAGGAAGAGGAGGCAGCGGAUCAGGAAGAACAGGUGGUCUUCCAUGAACUCUCUCCAGAGGUCUUGAACAGUCUAAAGAGCCUCCAGCAGCAGCUGUUUUUCCAGGACAUUCAACGGAGCUCUGACUGGGGGUAUCCAGCUGAGGUGAUGGACACUGGCCAAUCUUUGGAGGAGUGUUAGGCUAUAUCUGGGACAUGGUCCAUUUGAAACACAAGGAUGGAAGGUGGUACCAUGUACAGUGCUGAAACUGCAUUUCCAGCGCCGUCCUUGUAUUAUAAAUGACUUACUGGUGGGAUCUUCCUGUCUGCUGCUAGGAGGCAGGAUUGCCCAGCAGGCUGGUGACGUUGCUUCCAAUCUCUGUGGAGAGAAGCAACGAAUAUUAGCCACCCUGUGAAAGAACAGGCAGUGGUUCUGUUCCUUGGGGAAAUGUAUUACAUUGAGUCCUCACUGAUGGAUGGCAGAAAAAUUAUUGUGGCUCAUCCACUUGUGCCUUCAAAAUGCCCUCCAGCUGUACCGGUUCUCUUACAUUGGAUAAAAGUCAUGGCCAGGGUUUGGAAAAUGGAUUUAGAUAACAUGGCAAAACUUGCAUUGCCAUUUUAAUACACAUUUUAAAUAUUUUCUUGUAAAUACUGUGUUAAAGAUGUGUGCCUUAAACUUCAGCUAGGUUAGGGCUGUCUCUACCUGGUUGAUACAUGUGUCUGGAGAUUUUUUUUUCUUUUGCCACUCACUUGUUCAUUUGCAACUGCAUUUCCAUGGCCAUUCAGAAAUCAAGUGGAAUAACUGAGCAGUAAGUGGGAUAAACUUUUACAUUAGGAGUCUCCAUAACUCUCCCUACCUCCUUACUGGGAAGUAUGUGCCUGAAAACCAGCAAUAGGAGGAAGGGGGAAAAGGGGAUAAUGGACCAAAAAAUGGGAUUUGGGCUUAUUAAACAAUUAUAAGAAGAAUCUGGGGCUAAAUACAGAAUUACUGAAUCAGGAGAAUCUGAUGUAUUCUAUAAUGCCCUGCUGCAGUGCUGUUUGCUUUUGGAUGUCUUAGCACCAGGAAGACUUGAACUGAAGAAGUAGAUAGUGACAUACAAUUAAGGAAAUGAAAGACUAUUUUGGAGGAGGAAAAAGUGUAGCUUCAGCAGAUGCUGUUUUAGAGUGGAGAUUAUAACCAAAUUAGGGGAGGCUGAGCUAAAAUGAGUGUAAGAUACACUUAUGUGGGUAUAAACUCAAGCACAGGUAGUUCAGGCUAACCAUUGUGAAAUACUUCAUAGACUAAGGGGUUCAUCUUCCAGGAGCAGUGAUGGUAACUGUAUCAAUUCCAGUGUUUUUAAAAAAUUGGGCUUGAUGCACUAGAAAAAAUUGUUCCCUGCGAGUGGUUGUAUGUUGGCCCAUGUAGCACUGACUGGGUAGCGGACUAGUCAAGGCUGGCGUUUAUCCUAUUUGUUGUCACGGUUUCUGCAGUCCAGCCCACUGGAUAACAGCCUGUGAGAUGUAGAUACAUCCAGGCUUCUCUCCUUUGUGUUCAGACAAGCUUGUCACCUUCCUGUCCUUCUAAGUUUACUUGUCAAAAAAUCUGAAGGCAACUUUAUUUCAGCUUUUUAAAAAUCUGGUAUCUCGGAAGAUAAUCUGUUCUUUUGACUUGCAACCAAUAUUGUAUUAUGUGUAUUUUAUAAUUUUAUUUGUUUAUAACUUGUGUUUUGUUCCUUAAAUUAAAAAACAAGAAUACUUUUUGGAUAUA